ACGUCAUUUCCGGGAGAGCCGCGAACAUGGCGCUGUUCGAGCAGAUGCGAGCGAACGUGGGGAAACUGCUGCGGGGCAUCGACCGGUACAACCCCGAGAACCUGGCCACGCUGGAGCGCUACGUGGAGACUCAGGCCAAGGAGAACGCCUACGACCUGGAGGCCAACCUGGCCGUGCUGAAGCUGUACCAGUUCAACCCCGCCUUCUUCCAGACCGGCGUGACGGCGCAGAUCCUGCUCAAGGCGCUCACCAACCUGCCCCACACCGACUUCACCCUCUGCAAGUGCAUGAUCGACCAGGCGCACGUAUCCCCGGGGGGAGAAUUCCCGGGGGGA